GAGAGUGUCGAAAUAGAAAGUGAGGGAGAAAGAAAGAGAGGGAGGGAAAGGAAUAGAGGGAGGGAGCGGCGGAGAGAAAAGGAAAAAGGAGACGGGCGGAGAGAGCGCGUGGAGAGAGUGAGUGAGAGAGUGAGGGAGAGAGAGAAAGAGAGAGAGUGUGUGUGUGUGUGAAUGCGCGCGCGCUCUCUUGUGUGUGUGAAUGUGGUGUGUGUAUGUGUGUUAGCUAGCUGGCUAGUGAGCUCGCGCUGCUCCGGAGAGCACAGUAGAGAAGUAGGGGGUAAAUAAAGGCAGUAAGAGCAGCGGGUUGGGCGCCAUAUGCCGAGGAUUUGCUGAAUGUCUCGUUGAGGGGGACGCGCUCGUGCUUGAAGAUGGGGAGCUCGCACUUGCUGAACAAAGGCUUGCCUUUAGGCAUCAGGCCACCCAUAAUGAAUGGGCCCAUGCACCCUCGUCCACUGGUGGCGCUGCUGGAUGGCCGGGACUGCACAGUGGAGAUGCCCAUCCUGAAGGACGUGGCCACAGUGGCCUUCUGUGAUGCUCAGUCCACCCAGGAGAUCCACGAGAAGGUACUGAACGAAGCCGUGGGAGCACUUAUGUACCACACCAUCACACUCAUGCGAGAGGACCUGGAAAAAUUCAAAGCACUUCGAAUCAUCGUCCGCAUCGGAAGCGGCUUCGACAAUAUCGACAUUAAAUCUGCCGGAGAGUUAGGAAUAGCAGUGUGUAACAUGCCAUCGGCCUCAGUGGAGGAGACGGCCGACUCCACCCUGUGUCACAUCCUUAACCUGUACAGACGCACCACCUGGCUUCACCAGGCUCUCCGUGAGGGGACGAGGGUCCAGAGUGUGGAGCAGAUUCGGGAGGUGGCGUCCGGUGCUGCUCGUAUCAGAGGGGAGACACUCGGCAUCAUCGGCCUUGGUCGUGUGGGUCAGGCUGUUGCUCUGAGGGCCAAAGCGUUUGGAUUUAAUGUGAUCUUCUACGACCCAUACCUGUCUGACGGGAUGGAGCGUGCGCUGGGACUGCAACGGGUCAACACCCUGCAGGACCUGCUCUUCCACUCCGACUGCGUUACGCUCCACUGCAGCCUGAACGAGCACAACCACCACCUCAUCAAUGACUUCACCAUCAAACAGAUGCGUCAGGGUGCGUUCCUGGUGAACACUGCACGAGGAGGGCUGGUGGAUGAGAAAGCUCUGGCUCAGGCACUGAAGGAGGGAAGAAUACGGGGAGCAGCUCUGGACGUGCACGAGACAGAGCCCUUUAGUUUCAGCCAGGGUCCACUGAAAGAUGCUCCCAAUCUGAUCUGCACCCCUCAUGCUGCCUGGUACAGCGAGCAGGCCUCCAUCGAGAUGAGAGAGGAAGCAGCUCGGGAGAUCCGCAGAGCCAUUACCGGCCGCAUCCCAGACAGUUUGAAGAACUGUGUUAAUAAGGAGUUCCUCACACAGACCACCCACUGGGCCGGCAUGGACCCUGCAAUCCAUCACGAGAUUAACGGAGCCUACAGGUACCCCCCAGGUGUAGUGAGCCUUGCCUCUGGGGGUCUUCCACCUCCGGUAGAAGGGAUCGUGCAAAGCGCCGUGCCAAUUACCCACACCCUCCCCCCUGUAGCACACCCGCCCCACGCCCCGUCCCCGGGCCAGACGGGCAAAGCCGAGCCCGACAGGGAGCAGCACCCAAAUGAGCAGUUGUAGCCGCGCCGCCCCGGUGCUCUCCCUACCACUAGAGAACUCUCCUGUCCUUCUUUACCCAAAGAAGAGGAGCAGAACAGGCUCCCCGGCUCCAAACCAGCCACGAAAAAGAACCCCCCAGCCUCCCCCACAACCACGACUUUCUGUCUGAAGUACCCGAUCGCUCGAACUGAGGGUGGUGGGUUGUGCUCGCUCACUCUUUCUCUCUCUCUUUCACAUUCUCAGCUCUUUCACUCUUCUCUUACUUUCUCACACUCUCUAUCUCUUUGUCUUUUUUCUCUUUUUUAAUAUCUUGUGUGAAAACAACAACAAAAAAAGACAGAAACUCUUGUGGAUCUAAAACAAAAAAGAGCCUUCUCCCUAAAGCAAAUCCUGCUGGUUUAGAUUGUAGUCUGUCCAAGUGCAGUGGGCGAUUUUAUCUGUUUUCUGUGUCCAAUGGGUUUCAUUGUUAAAAAAAAACAAGCGUAGUUAUGAAUGUAACCUGUUUGUGUACAGUUUUUAGAACAUGAUCAAUGGUUUGUAGAAAAGACAAAAAAAAAGAGAAAAAACAGCUUAAAGGGAGGUACCCAGCGAACUCAUAGAUAUUAAAAAAAUAUAUAUUUGUUUUUGUUUGUUGUUUUUAAUUUUUAAAAGCCCCAAAAGAGGCCCGUUUUGCACACCCUCUCAGGAAAAUUAUUUUCCCCCCUUCCCUCCCUUUUGAAUUAAACCACAUAGUGCAUUGUUUUUUUGUAUCCAUGUGUCUUUUUGUAGUCUAAUUUAGUACAGUACUUUCAAAAAGUAUAUUCAAUGUUUUUUUAUUUUGUAUUAUUUUCUUGGUUCUUGUUUGUUAACUUAGCAUGUAAUACCUUACGUGUUUAAAGGUAAAAAAAAAAAAAAGAAGAAGAAAAAAAGGUUGUCUUGUGAAAAGCUGGCGUCAUGCUUGCCUGUUUCUGUGUGACUUGAUUGUACCGUGUUUUAUGAGGCAGCUCUAAGCUGCUGGGAUAGUUGCAGCGCUCCAUUGCCUACAUAGUUUCCUUCCUGGUAAAGUGGUAGGCUAGCAAUAUACAUACUAUAUAUACUAUGAGAUAUCAUUAUUUUUUGUUAAACAGAAUCCAAAAAAGAAAAUGUUUGUGACUGUAUGCAUUUGUAUGAAUUAUUUUAAAUGAAAUAAAAGUCCAAAUUAAAUGACAAA